UCUUAGGUGCAGUUCCAGUGGUCCUUUUGAUCGUUCGUCAUAAAUCGAGCGUUGCAGCAGCUGUUGUGAAGCCGUGCAGAGUGCCGUCGCCGUUUGGUCAUCAUGUUGAAGCUAGUGGUGCUAUUGGCCGUGUGUAGUGUGAUUGCAGCUCAAAAGCAGCAUCAGCAACAGCAUCAGCAGCAGCAGCAGCUCCAGCAACAAUCGUUGCCCCGCUAUAAGGAGAUCCCGAUUGUGAAUCUGGAGAAUGUGCUCGAAGUUGACGGCAAGUUCCGGUACAGUUACGAGGGUGGUGAUGGCACCCGUGCUGCCCAGGACGGACAGCAGAUUGUGGUGAACAAUCAGGUCGGGACGGCUUCCCAGGGCCAGUACACGUACCAGGGUGAUGACGGUAAAACGUACUCCAUCUCGUACAUAGCGGAUGAGAAUGGGUACCGGCCGGUGGGCGAUCAUCUACCCACGCCACCACCAGUUCCGGCACCGAUUGCACGAGCCCUGGCGCAUCUGGCAACGUUGCCACCGAGCAAGGAUGGGCCGGGCCGGAAGUUCUAGGCGUAGGGUGAUUUGUUUUACGCGUUGAAAUGCAGUGUAAAUGCAGUUGUGCGAUAAAUUGGCGUGGAAUAAAACUGCU